AUGGGUGCCCGAGGUGGCAUCUCCACGCUGCUGCUGCUGCUGCUGGCCGGCUACUCCCAGCCCCUGAGAGCGGGACUCCCGGCCGGAGUCUCUUUCUUCGGGGACAGCUUUGUGGAGAUGCCCCUGGCGGACGCCUCGCGCACGGUGCGGCUCCACCUGCAGCUGUACACCAGCCAGGGGACUGGGCUGCUCUUCCUGGCCGCCGGCCAGCCCGACCACCUCCUGCUCCAGCUGCAAGACGGCAGCCUGCAGGCCAGGCUGCAGCUGGGCUCAGAGGAGGUGACCUUGCAGUCCCCAGCAGGGCUGCAGCUCAAUAACCUGGCAGUGCACGACGUGGAGCUGCUGGUGGAAGAUGGCAGGAUGACACUGACCAUUGACGGCCUCUUCAACAGCUCCACGGACAUCACAGGGCCAGCAAGGGAGCUGGACAUCCAGCACGGCCUCUAUGCCGGUGGGACAGGCAGCCUGGACCUGCCGUACCUUGCCAAGGCCAGCUCUCCCUUCAGGGGCUGCCUCCACUUGGUAACAUUCAAUGGCCUGGAUGUUCUCUCCCCUCUGUCCUCUGAUGGCAGCUCCAAGAUCUUCCACCAUGUCCAGGAAGGGUGCAGCACACAGUUCUCUGCAGAGCCUGAGGACCCAUUUGGGUUCCAGGGGCCACACUCCUACAUCGCGUUUCCCACGUGGGAUGCGAGGAAGGAAGCGACCAUCGAGUUUGUGAUAACGACGAGCAUCACGCAGGCACCCCUGAUCUACCAUGCAGGGCUGGAGAACGACUUCUUCUACCUGGAGAUCUCCAACGGGCGCCUGCGAGGGUUUGUGGAGAAGGGGAACGGCAUCAUCGUCCUGCACAACAACGUUUUCAUCAGUGAUGAGCAGCAGCACUACGUCAAAGUCUACACAGACAUCCACAAGUUUGAGAUACUGGUAGAUUACUACGCUUCAUCCACAUCCAACCGGGGCAUCAACAACUACCUGGACCUUCAGGGAAACCUCUUCAUUGGAGGUAUGAAUGAAAAAGCUUUUCAAAGGCUGAGGGAGCAUCAUCUUGCUUUCAUCUCAGUGUGGACCAUGACCAACCACUCGUUUGUUGGCUGCCUGGAGGACCUGCGGAUAAACCUGCAGAGAAGGAGCCUGCAAGAUGCUGUGAUCACAAAGGACAUCACGUCAGGCUGUGGGAAGCAGGACCAUUACUGGGAUUAUGAGGAGGUGUAUGAGCAGGAUGAGGCACCUACCUCCCCACCCCCAAAUGUGUGGUCGGGAGCACCAGGCCUAGUGGUGGAACCAUGCCGGCCCGACAGCAGCUUCCCACCUGCCUUUGCCAACAUCAGCAGCCUUCUACAUGUCAGCCCCCUCAUCGUCUCCGAAGGGGGCAUGGCCUAUCUGGAGUGGAAGCACACACAGCCAACAGUAGACUUGAGCCUGGCAAACAUCCGUCAGUCCCAAAUUCUCUUCAGCAUCACCAAUGACCCGAGGCACGGCCAGCUGGAGCUGGACAUUCCCGGGUCCAGGAGCAGAAGGAAGUUCACCUUGUUGGACAUUGUGAAUCGGAAAGUCAGAUACAUUCACGAUGGCUCUGAGGGACCCAUGGACCAGCUGAUGCUGGAGGUGACAGUGACCACCCAGCAAGGGGUCCCAGAGUGCUUGCGGCAGGGGCAGAUGUACCUGCUGCCCAUCAUGAUCAACCCCCUCAACGAUGCCCCACAGGUCAUUUUUCCCCGUGGGAACCACAUGACAAUCCUGAAGCACACACGGAAACACCUGACCACAGACAUCCUGCAGGUCCUGGAUGAUGACACAUCCUGUGAUGACCUCGAAUUCCAGGUGCAUGGUGGCCAGCAGAUGGAGGAGGGUUACGUGGAGUUCGACUUCCACCCUGGAGUGCCCAUUGAAGAGUUCUCCUGCAGGGACCUGGAAGCCGGCAACGUAGUCUACGUGCACCAGAGUGGGACAAACUUACAGCUCACCUUGCAAGUGAGCGACGGCACAGUCCCGAGCCCCAUGGCCACCCUGAGGAUCCUCGCCAUUGACCCCGAAAUCCGCCUGGUCAACAACACCGGCCUCUCCAUCUCCCAAGGAGGGGCCGCACGCAUCACCACAGCCAACCUGUCAGUGGAGACGAACGCUGUGGAACAAUGGGUCGCCAUCCUGUACGUCCUCACAGAGCCCCUAAGGUAUGGCGAGGUCAAGAAGCAAGGGAGCAUGGGAGGGGAAUGGAAAAAAGUCGAGUCUUUCCACCAGCAGGACCUGGAGCAAGGGCGCAUCCAGUAUUUUAGCACAGACCCAGAGCACCGGCUGGAAGACAGUGUGGAGAAGCUGAGAUUUGAAGUCCAAGUGGGGCAGAAGGUCUUGCCAAACAACACCUUCCUCAUAAGGAUUAAAAGAGCCACCAUUAAGAUGAGGACCAUGGUUCCCCUCCAGAUGAAGAACAAGCGGCAUAGAAAUAUCACCAGCGAGGAGCUGGAGGCAAUGUUGGAAGAUCCAAACUCCGCCCCAGUCCCCUUCCACUAUAUCAUCACACAGGCUCCCAGAAAGGGAAAUCUGGAGCUGCUUGGCAACAGGCUGACCGAAGGCUUUGGAUUUACCCAAGAUGACCUGCAGAGAAACUACCUGAGCUACAGUGUGACCAUCAGGAACUCCCAACAAGCCGAGGACACCUUCCAGUACCGUGUCCACGCUGGCAAGCAGCACUCUCCCGUCUAUACCUACACAAUCAGCAUCGGUGGGGACCCUGAUGCGCCAGUGCUGACCAACGUCCUCCUCACCGUGCCAGAAGGGGGACAGGCCAUCAUCUCCAAGGAUCAUUUGUUCGUGCAGAGCGUGAACAGCAUGGACUACCUGUAUGAGGUGAUUGAGGGGCCAGCACACGGGAGACUGGCCUGGGCUGCCUCCCAUGGCUGGGCCUCCAGAGAAGAGAUCACAGAGUUCACCAAUGACGACAUCCUCCACCGCCGGCUGCUGUACCAGCACGACGACUCUGAGACGCUGGAGGAUGACAUCCCCUUUGUAGCCAUCAGGCAGGGCGAGGGCAGCGCUGAGGCUGAUGUGGAGGAGGUGAGGGGUGUUUUCAGGGUCUCUAUCCAACCCAUCAAUGACCACAUCCCUGUACGGGCAGUGAACAAAGUCUUCAAUGUGGUGCGCAAUGGGCAACACCUGCUGACAACUGACGACAUUGCCUUCACUGACAAGGACUCUGGCUUCUCUGACACACAGCUGGUGCUGGCAAGGAAGGACAUCUUGUUUGGCAGCAUCGUGUCUGUCGAUGACAGAAGCCACCAGGUCUAUCGGUUCACACAGGAUGACUUGAGGAAGAAGAAGAUCCUCUUUGUCCAUUCAGGGGCUGACCGUGGCUGGAUCCAGCUACAGGUCUCGGAUGGUCUCCACCAAACCACAGCCCUCCUGGAAGUGCAGGCAUCAGACCCCUACAUCAAUAUAGUCAACAAUACUGGUCUGGUCAUCCACCAGGGCACCCGAGGGAGCAUUGACUCCUCUGUUCUCAACCUGGAGACCAACAUGGACAUUAGGUCAGAUGAAGAGAUACGAUUCCUGAUAACAACCCCCCCGAGGUGGGGAACCAUACUGAGAGGGGAGCAGCCAGUCAUGGCCUUCUCCCAGAAGGACCUGCUUGAAGGAGAGAUCUCCUACCACCACAACGGCAGCAGGAACACCCGGGAUGAGCUCCAGUUCACUGUAGAAGCAAACGAGGUGGCAGUGGAGGACACACUGGCCAUCAGCGUGUUCUUGGACACCCAUCCCAGUCCCCUGAGCAUAGUCAACCACAAGGAGAUCUAUGUCUUCCAGGGGGAAGCAGCUGGGAUCAAGGAGGAAUACUUACUGGUGACCCAUGAAGAGAUCCCUCCCCAAGACAUAGUCUACCUGGUGAGCAGCCCCCCAGCCUCUGGCUUCCUGGCAAUGCUUCAGGACGGCCAGGAUGUGAACGAGCAGCCCAGCCUGGACCCCAUCCAGUCCUUCACCCAGAAGGACAUCAACAGUGGCAGAGUCCUCUACCUCCACUCCAAGCCCAAUGAGGAGCGUGACCGGUUUGUCACAGACGUCACAGCCCGCGGUGUGGACGCUCUGGAGGGGGUGGUGGUGAGCCUGGUUGUGCUCCCCGUCAACGUGCCCUUGGAUGUCCACAACAUUACAGUGCCAGGAGGUGGCUCUGCUACCCUCUCCUCGGGCAUCCUCAGCAUCCCCAACGCGUACUACCCGGCUCUGGGCAUGGAGUUCAGGGUGCUCGAGCCCCCCCGGUUUGGCACUCUCCUGAGAAGCGAGCGGCCUGAGGAGGGUGGGCUGGACAGCUUCACCUGGAGCGAGGUGGAGAACCAGCAGAUCCAGUAUAGGCAGGACGGCCCCCGAUCCCUUACUGACAGUUUCACCGUCCUGGCCAACGCCUCCGAGAUAUCCCGACAGAGCCAGGCCAGGACCCUCUUCGUCACCAUCCUGCCCCGCAGCACCAAGGGGCCGCGGCUGAAGGUCAACGCCGGUUUGCAGCUGCAGGAAGGUGCCACGGCUGCUAUCAGCCCCCACAUCCUGAGCGCCGAGGACGAGGAUUCCCCAGCAGAGGAGCUGACCUAUUCCAUCCAGCCCCCAGCCAAUGGGAAGGUUGUGCUGAGGUCAGCACCCAGUGCUGAGGUCAAGAUGUUCACCCAGGCCCAGAUAGACAACGGCCUUAUCCUCUUCGUGCACCAAGGACCCCUGGAUGGAGGCUUCGCCUUUGACCUGUGGGAUGGUGAGAACCUGUCUCCUGGGCACUUCUUCCUCAUCAGGGCCCAGAGAGAGCCCAUCAUCAGCCUGGCCAAGAAGCAGAGCCUCACCAUCUGCCCAGGUGCCCGGCAGCCCAUCACCAGCCAGAACCUGCAGGCAGUGAGCAACAGCCCCUCCAGCUCCACCACUCUGUACUACAGCAUUGAGCAAGCCCCACGCCUCGGCAGGCUGAGCACCUCCCAGGGGGAGGAAAUCAGGAACUUCACCCAAGCCCAGGUGGACAGCAAGUUGAUUUUCUACCAGCAUGAGAUGCCAGAUAAGCCUUUCUGGCUGGCCCAAGAUGCCAUCCGCUUCCGCAUCGUCACUCCCAUGACUAUCUCGGAUUCCUUCAUCCUCCUCGUCCUGAUCUCCUUCGAGGAAAAGUGUCCCCAACGCUUGACUCAGCUAUGGAAAAACGCAGGUCUCCAGCUCACAAGGGCUCAGAGGGCUGACAUUGACACCUCAGUGUUGGAUGCCUCCAACCUCCUGAGCCAAGUUCUGGUCUCUGAGAGAGCUGGAUAUGAUGCUGUCUUCCUGGUGACGGAGCUACCGGCUCACGGACAGCUCUUGGUGGCCGGUGUGCCUCUGGAACGGUCACAGCCCUUCUUCCUGCAGUCAGACCUGGCAGCAGGGCAUUUGGCAUAUGCCCAUGGUGGGGACAGCAUCUCCAAAGACCAUUUCAGUUUUAAGGCUUGGCUCCGCCCCCGGGAACAGCAGUCUGUCCGUCCUCCACAGGAAGGGGUGGUCAUCUCUGAAGUGUUCAAUAUAACAGUGACCAGCAGCACCAAGUCACCGCAGGUGGUGAAGCGGAAAGAAGUGUUGCAGGUCCCACCAGGCUCUGUGGUCACCUUGUCCCGGGAGUACCUGGAUGUGGCAGACCCAUCGGUGUCCCCACAGGAGAUGGUGUACAGCAUCCUCCGGAGUCCUCCCGCCGGCCACCUGGCCAGCGCACACAACCCUCGGGAGCCCAUCAACCGCUUCACCCAAGCGGAUGUCAACGCUGGCCACGUGGUGUUUGUUGCCACUGGGAGCCGUGCCCCAGGGUCCUUAGCCCUGAGCCUUUCCAGUGGCCACCACCCGCCCACCGUGGCCUUGCUGGAGAUCGAGGUGCUGCCCGCGUUGAGCACCACUGCGAGCCCGACUCUGCUGGAAGUGCCCCAAGACCUGAACAGAGCCCCUGUGUCCCACCGUCACCUCCUGGGCACCACACCGCGAGGGGCAGGUAAUAUCAUGUACAGGAUCACCAGGGGCCCCAGGUUUGGCCAAGUGCUGGUCAACCAAAAGCCGUCACGGGGCUUCUCACAGAAGCAGCUGGACCGCAGGGAGGUGAUGUUCACCUUCAGUGACCUCACUUCUCCCGAGGACGACUUCCAGUUCCUUGCCACGUCACGGGCAGGAAACUGGACCGGGGUGGUGAAUGUGACUGUCCGUGCUGCAGUGAAGACCCAACCAGGCAGCCUGUGGCCCCAGGGCACCACAGCCCUCCUAGACACCAGCAUCCUCGAUGCCAGUGAGCUGGCCAACCGCACCAAGAGCAUCCCAGUCUUCAGGGUCCGCAGGGCGCCCCAUGCCAGCCGUCUCGUGAGGGUAUCCAGGGACCCAGGACAACCCACCACCCCGAUUGAGACCUUUAGCCAGAGUGAGCUGGAACAAGGGCUGGUGGGACUGGAGGUGCUGGCUGCUGGGGACACCCACCAACCCCUGCAGAGUGACAACUUUGUCUUUGAGCUGGUGGCUGCUGGCGUGCCACCGGCACUAGCAUCCCUGGAGUACAGCAUCGAGCCCUACAACGCCUCAAAAUCCUAUAGCAUCACCCUGCUCACAGCCCCCCUGGCACCUUCACCCCCAGUGCCCCAGGGCACAGCACAGAGCAGCCCCAAUGCCAGUGAGCUGGGCAUGCCCCCCACUGCCUGGCUAGCCCCCAGUGCCACCACUAGCCCCAGCCCCGUGGAGGGGGGCACCUUCCUCAGCUUCAUCGAGGCCAACAUGUUCAGCAUCAUCAUCCCCAUUUGCCUCAUCUUACUCCUGCUGGCCCUCAUCCUGCCCCUGCUCUUCUACCUGCACAAGCGCAACAAGACAGGGAAGCACCACGUCCAGGGCACCCCUGCCUCCAAGGCCAAGAACGGGGCUGUGCCUGACCAUGAGACCUUCCGGAGGACAGACCCAAACCAAGGCAUCCCCCUAACGACUGUCAGCACCCUGGAGGGCAAGGGCACGGGUCCCCCACCCCAGGGCACAGGUCCCGGGGCACCACCAGACCCUGAACUCCUCCAGUACUGCCGGACUUCCAACCCCCCACUGAAAAACAACCAGUACUGGGUGUGAAGGGCUCAGGUGCGGGGGCAAGAGAUCACCUGGGAGUCAAGAACCUCCCACAGCACCACCAGCCACCUCCUCCUGGCUCUCCUCCUCCUCCCUGGGAGCUGGCAUCCCACAGAUGCAGGAGGGCCCUGAGGAUGCAGGGGCUGCUGCUCUGGCCCACCUAGGAGCCCCACAUCUCCAGGUGGCUUUGGGCAGGGGAGGGGGGUACUGCAUAAGCAAGUGGGGACAGGCAAAAUACAUGAGCAUCCCUGGGGAAUGCUGACUUAGGGUGCUCACUUGGACUACUUGAUGGUGGCCACAGUGCUGGGGGGAUCUGAUGGCACUGGUCCCUUCAGAGCCACUCAGGCAGGUCCAGUGGUGGCUCCUCCGUGGGCAGCACCAUCCACCCCAGGGAUGCUUGCCACAGCUCUUGGCAUGAGAUGGAGGAUGAGGAGCAGCUUGCACUGAGUCAGGCUGGGGAUGAAGCUGCCCAAAUCCCCCAGGGCUAGGUGGGCUGAGACACUGGAGCAGAGGCUCGGAAAAAACUCUGUGGCCAAUGCCAGGAGAAUUUAGGAAUCCCCACCCACUUGGAAAAAUACCUGCCUCGCUCUUUCUCUACUUGCAGUGUGCUUUGUCAAGUUGAUUGCACAGAGCCCUGGGGAGGUUGCACAACAGGUAGGAUGCCCUUAGUGGGGAGGGGGGGCCAGAGUUUACCUGGGCAGCAUGAAACCAGAGAGGAGAGCAGAGAGCCAUAGCCAGUGCUGUUUUCCACUGUAUACUCCAGUACGGCAAAAGUAAACAGAAUAAAGUGCCUUUUCCG